AUGUCUCCGGUCACCUGCUGCUCCACUGGCCCCACCCUGGGCGGUCUGUGCCCCACACCAGUGGCACCGUCCGUCACGCUCUGCUCCGGCGACGUGAGCUGCGGAGAUGCCCUCUGCCUGCCCAGCGCCUGCCAGGGGGGCUCCUGGCUCCUGGACAACUGCCAGGAGACCUGCCACGAGCCGUCCGGCUGCGGCCCGGUGAGCUGCGGGCCCGGCCCCUGCGUCGUCUCGUCUGGCCGCCCCUUCGCGUGCUACGUCUCUGGACCCGGCCUGGCCGUGAGCUGCCUCCCCCUGACCACCUACGGGUCCGGUCCUUGCGCCCCAGUCUGCGGUCAGCCGGUCGGUUACGUGGCCAGCGCCGGCCAGUUCCCCAGCUUUGUGGCUAGCGGCUGUCGCCCCUUCAGCUCCCUGUCUGGCCGCUGCAGCCCCUUGACCUACGUGGCCAGCGGCUGCCGCCCCCAGAAUCCUACGUCCAGUAGCUGCCGCCCUGUGACAUUUGUUUCUAGUGGCUACGGCCCCGUGAGUUCUGUGCCCAGCAGCUGCCGACCCCUGAGUUCUGCGUCCAGCGUCUGCUACCCGCUGAGCUCUGUGUCCAGCAGCUGCCGGCCCCAAAAUCUGGUGUACAGCAGCUGCCGGCCCCAAAAUCUGGCGUCCAGCAGCUGCCGGCCCUUGAGCACCAUGUCUCUCAGCGUCCGUCCAUCCUUCGCCGUGCCGGGCUGCUGUCCGUCUCCUUGUUCCAGAGGACUGUGCUGA